AUGCGUUCCACAAACAUUCACACACCAAACGAGCUGAAUAAAAUGUGUCUCUCCACUACAACCGAAGAUGCUGCUGGUCAGCCUUCAAUAAUGGAGAACAUGACGUUUGGUAUCGAGUUUGAGUUUCUGUGCUACACACCGCAUGGUGUGAGCCCCAGAAGUCACCUCUCACAGGCGCUCAGAGAGCCCGUUGAUCUCCUCUGCAGUCGUUGUGCUCAGAAUCACUCUUGGAAAUUGCCCGUUGAGGGGACUCUUGAUGGGUUCGUUGCUCCAUUUUCCACUUGGACAUUGCAUCGUGAUAACACAGUCAAGGCCAGCGACGACGAGACGGUCCACGUUCCGAAAGGCUCUGACUUCUACAGCAUGGAGCUUGUGUCUAGAGUCAUGAACUUUUCUAAUCCCACGACUGAUCCGAUUGGGCAGACAUAUCCAUGUACUGGUGAGUUGCUCGAAUGGGAUUCUCAGACCGAGAUCAGCACUUUCAUCCAGAAAGUUCAGGAGGCUUUCUCUGGCACUGGUUACCGUGCUUCCACCAACAAGAGCACUUGGCUCCAUAUCCACUUUGGUAAUGGCAAGCAUCAACCUUCUGUACAGACUGCACUUGGUAUGUUUGGUGUAUUUGCAGCUCUUGAGCGUCAAUUUGAUCACAUCUCUCCAGUUUCCAGAAUAUCAAGUCUGCCAUUUGAGGGUCCCACACCUGGACUUCGUGGAAUGGCUCCCGAGUACAAGUAUGGCCAAGUCAACGAGUGGGUCGGGGCUGGCUCACGAGCGUUUCUUGAGAUGAUGCGUUGGCGUGUAAAAAGAGCGAUAAAAGACGACGCCGAAACUACCCGCUUCACCAUCACUGAGCAGCUGCAGGGUUGCAGUCCGCCUUUCUGGCUUGACAGCAUCUCUGUACCUGAUGAGGUCGAGACAUUUUUGGACAAUUGGCCCCUCGAUGACAGUGUUGGUGAGCCACUCAGCCGCCGUUCCAUGGCUGUGAACUUGAACAACUUGACUUCGAACGUAGGAAAAUGUACAGUCGAGGUCAGAGCUGCUCCCGGAUCACUAGACUUCUCUGAGGUUUGGGCUUGGUCUCAAUUCAUGGGUAAGCUUAUGUUGUGGCUUUCAACUCCUGCCGUUGAUCACAAUGCUAUCAUCACCAACAUUUGGGCUGACCCUGACAGCACUGUUCUGGACCUCCUCAACGAAAUCGGCGCCUCACGAAACAAAACCCUGUCGUGCGGUUUUUCAAAAACCUCAUUUCUCACCUUGAGCAUUUCGACCUCUACGCGGCGACAGGGGCACGAUCACCUCUAUACCGGUGGUCCAGGGGGUGUAGAAAUGUGUCCGUAA